UGUCUGUGCAUGAGCAUGCAUCCGACUCAGUUUCCCUACCAGAAAAAUCGCAAUACUGUAAACUGGAAACGUGCGGAUGGCUUGACCUCGUUUUGCAAGUGUCGGCUCACUUGACCUCAGUGCAGAACUGAGGGGUGCAACUCAAUAUUAGGAAUGUGUUCCUAAUGUUUGGUAUACUCAGUGUAUAUGCCAUAGCAAACAAUACAAAAAUCCUGUGACCUUUUAUUACAGGAGAAUAUAACAAGUACAAAUAUUACUCUUAAUCCCCCCAAGUCUAUUAUGUUUGAAAAUGUAAUACGGAACAGUACAUUAAAGCCAGCUCUUUGUCCUUAAUUUACAGAUUUGAGGGCCAAUUCUAAUUAUGGAGCCAACAGAUAAGAUUUCACAAAUAAUUUUGGAUAUCAUUUUUGGGGGGAUAGUUUUACAGUAACAGAAAAUAUCCCACUGAGCUGGCAUUUUGAUAAGGAAUAUAUAUCACCUAAUUGUCAUAGACAGUAUGCAAUAAUAACUUUGUAUAGGUUCAAGGCCAAGUUUGAAUGGAAUAAUUCGAUAUCAUAAACAAUCACAUGCUUUUCAUAGUGGCCUAACUCGUGCUUCUUAUCUUUUUCUCCUUAUGUCAUAGUAGCCUAUAGUAAUAAAGUGGACAUAUGCAGAUUGCACUGAGAGGGAAACAUUUACAAUUGACUGUAAUAUGUAAGUGCAAAUAGUAGUCUACUAUCACGUGCUUUCUCCAGUGCUGGGGAAAAGUUUCUCAUUUUUCAAUCUAGAGAAACACCCACACUUCCUGCUCAAACCACAAUAUGCCCCUCCUUCUGAAAUGCUCUUCAAAGCCCGGAUGAUCACAGCGGCGCAGCAAAACCCAAUGAAGAGGAACGGGUGAGAUAUCGGCUAUCUAAUCGUCGUUUUCCUGAGGAGAAUAGCAGCCCAAUGACAGCUGAGAUUGAGGUUGCCCUAGUAUGAGCCGGAGGAGCAGUAGCAGCCCCAGCCUGUGGACCGUACUGCCUCAGAGUGGCCCUGCACCAUGUGAACGCUACAAGCACGCCUGCUGCUCCUUCGGGGGCAGUGUCUUUGUGUUGGGAGGGAGGGAGAGCCACUCGCUCAGGGACUUCUGGAGGUAUAAUGUUGUACGCAAUGAGUGGACAGAGUUGGACUGUAGCUGUGAGGCAGCACCUGAGGAGCUUCAGGAACAUUCCAUGGUGGCCCAUCAGGGUGUUCUGUAUGUCUUCGGUGGAAUGAUUGAUUCUGCGUACACUAUAUGGAAAACCCCCCUCUGGGUGUUUGAUAUUGUGAAAGAGCAGUGGGUGUCCUGGCAGGAAAGGAACCCCCCUCAGAAUCAGGUGCCAGUCAACAGGAAGGGCCACAGUGCCGUGGUGUUUAGCUCUGCCAUGUACAUCUACGGAGGAUACAUUGACAUGAGAGCCUCAUCACAGGAGUUUUGGAAGUUAGAAUUUGACACAAUGUUGUGGUCCCUGCUGGACUGUACCCAGACAGAGGUGGGUCCUGGUCCCAGACACAGCCACUCUGCCAUGACCCACCUGGACUGCAUGUACCUGUUCGGGGGUCUGAGAGGCCUGAGGGAGCAGAGGGAUCUGUGGAGAUGGAACUCUACCAGUCAUUCCUGGAGCUGUCUCAAUGCCACAUCAGGCCCCUCUAAGCUGGUGGGCCACUCAACUGUGGCCUACAGGGACAGCAUGCUUCUGUUUGGAGGAGGAGAGAGCCAGCACACACCCAGGAGCUGUCUAUGGAGGUACAGCUUCACCACCCAGACCUGGGGGAAGCUAGCCGUGCUACCCGGCUCCAACCCACCUCCCCACAGGAUCUACCACUGCUGUGCUGGCCUGGGCCCUAGCUACCAGCCUGCCGUGACCACCACCACCAACACCACCACCAGCACCACCCUGACCCCCAGCACCACCAUCAGAAACAUACUUGACAGCAAGAUACGGCCGUUCAAGAACAAAUGCUUCCCAUCCUCUUCAGAGACAGAGGGCACUAUAGAGCUGGAGACGUUUAGUAGCUCGGAGAAGCUAUUGACUGAAGUGGAGGACUAUUGUAAUGGUCUAAGUGGGAAUAACGCUCAGCGGUUUGGGAACUGUCUGACCUUUGAGAACCAGGAGGCCUUCAGUAAGCAGUGGAGCUGUGAGAAUAUAGAGGAGGGUGGUUCAGGUAAACCAGAGGAGAGCCAUGAGAGCAUAGCACAAAAUCUGCCUGAUUUGCUACUGGUGCUGGGGGGAAAGCCCUUAGUUAGACACACGGUCAUCUCUGUGUGGCAGAUGACACUGGCUGACCUCUGAGCUUUGACCUCUGACCCAGAGAGAGAGGGAUGGCAUUUUGUAAACUACAGUGCCUUGCAAAAGUAUUCAUCCCCCUUAGCGUUUUUCCUAUUUUGUUGCAUUACAACCUGUAAUUUAAAUAGAUUCUGGGGGGGAUUUCGUGUAAUGGACAUACACAAAAUAGUCCAAAUUGGUGAAGUGAAAUGAAAAAAAUUACUUCUUAAAAAAAAAAAAAAAAAGAAAUAAGAUCUGGUGCAACCAAUUACCUU